AUGGCAGGCUCUGCAAAGUACACACCUCCUCCGACCCCGCCAUCUCCGACGGCUUCAUACUACGACGUGAGUGACGACGACGAAGAUGAGUACAAUACUAUUGCUCCUGCUCGGCCUCGCCGCGGCGUGAAGUUGCUCUACUCCAAGAGCAAGGUCUACGUCCACCCUUCGUCUUCAGCAAAGGACAAUAUCCCGGGAUUCAUCGCCCUCCUCCAACAAAAGUCAGAGUCCAGCCCCGUUCAGACAAGCGGUCUCCACUCGGACGCUUCUUCCUUCCUCUUAGCCUGGGUUCCCGAGGCCUCAUUAGGGGAGGCUUACAGCACCUACGUGAAAGUUGAUCUGGCAGACCACGAUUCUCCGCCCCGACAAAGGUGUCUCGUACCGCCACUGCCCACAACCACAACUUUCAGCGAUCCAAUCGGACUCUACUCCUUCGCCAUCCCACUUUCUCAAGUAUACUCGUUGUUGGUGCGCCCGCCGAGUCUAGGAUGGUGGUUCGGAAGUGUUGUGAUCAAUACUCGGUCCGGGGAUAGCUUCCCUGCCCUGUUCUUCCAUGACAGCGAGUGCGAGUCAACAAUUUUGCAGAAGAAGAAGCGUGUAAAGGAGAGCUUUGACCCCUUCGACAAUGAGGGGACUCUUUAUUGGGGCGGAGAUGAAGUUCUGCGGUGGCUGCGAAGAUAUGUGGAUGUUCAGCGCUCAUCUGUCGAUCGAAAUGUGUAUCUGGUGAACCCGUCCGAGGAAGAUCAACUCUCAUUUGGUCGCGGUAUGAGUAGCUCAGACGCAACAAUCACAAAGACGCAACCUGAAGCCAGUGCCGCCAACCAGCCGCGAGAUGCCGGCAUGGACCCGUUGAUGAAGACCCUCAAAGAGACCCGGUGGAAAGUGUUGGAACAGUUGAGCAAAAUUACCACAUUCACCAGACGUACGGCGAAUGAACUUGCAGACAAUCCGCGCAUUCCACCGCAGGUUCGACGGUUGAUGAAGAACCCCGAGGUCCAGACCCUGCAAGAUGAGUUUGACAGCGCAAGGCUCUACUUGGCGCGCUGGGCGAUGAGCAUCGCCGAGCAAGGGGAAAAGGAUCGGAACCGGCGCAUCUGGAUCGCGCAAGAUGUGCUCGAGUCGGAGAACAGUGCCCUCGGCGACUUUGAAAUUCUCGAGCUAGAAACUGGCAGUUUGAGCAUUCAGGAGCGACGAAAGGUCGUCACUCUGGCCGAAUGGGAGGAUUUUUUCGAUCCAGUAACCGGGAGACUCCGUAUCACGGUCGAAGAAGUCAAGGAACGCAUCUUCCAUGGCGGGCUAGACGCAAAUGAUGGGGUACGAAAAGAGGCCUGGUUGUUCCUGCUGGGCGUCUAUCCGUGGGAUAGUAAUCGCGAGGAGCGACAGGCCAUGAUGGCAUCGAAACGGGAUGAGUAUAUUCGUUUGAAGGCUGGGUGGUGGGAGCGCAUGGUUGAUGGUAGCUCGACCACUGAGGAGUAUGAGAACUGGAAGGAACAGCGCAAUCGCAUCGAAAAGGAUGUGCAUCGUACUGACCGCACGAUUCCCCUCUUCGCUGGCGAGGAUAUCCCGCAUCCUGAUCCCGACUCUCCGUUCGCCGAAACGGGAACAAACGUUCACCUCGAGCAAAUGAAGGACAUGCUCUUGACAUACAAUGAACACAACCCCGAUCUCGGUUAUGUGCAAGGCAUGAGCGAUCUUCUUGCUCCUCUCUAUGCCGUCAUGCAGGACGAUGCGGUGGCCUUUUGGGCCUUUGUUGGUUUCAUGGACCGCAUGGAGCGAAACUUCCUCCGAGAUCAAUCCGGCAUGCGAUCACAGCUACUUGCACUAGAUCAUCUAGUUCAGUUGAUGGACCCGCAGCUUUACCUUCACCUUCAGUCGGCCGAUAGUACCAAUUUCUUCUUCUUCUUCCGAAUGCUGCUGGUCUGGUACAAGCGCGAGUUUGACUGGCCCGAUGUCUUACGUCUCUGGGAGGCACUCUGGACCGACUAUUACUCCAGUAGCUUCCACCUCUUCAUUGCUCUAGCCAUCUUGGAAAAACACCGAGACGUGAUCAUGGAUCAUCUGAAGCACUUUGACGAGGUCUUAAAGUACAUCAACGAGCUUUCAAAUACCAUGGACUUGGUACCUCUUCUCACUCGAGCGGAAUCGCUCUUUCGACGUUUUGAGCGCUCGGUGCAAGCUAUAGACAAAAAGGACAAUUUCCCAGUUCCAUCUGUGCAGCAGCGUCGAGCAGCUGGCAGUGAUCAAGAUACCGCCGAUAAAGGCAAAUCGCCUGCGCGCCCUGCUGCGGGAUCAAGCAGUGGUGUGCAGGCUCCCUUGACCCUCCAAAGAGCAAUCGACAAGGAUAGACCAAAGGUCAUCUCACCUGAAUUACGAGCACUCUUGAGGAAGGAUAUUCCCUGGAACAGGCAAUCUUCACCGUAG